ACUCAAUCCUUUCUUCUUUUCCUUUGAUAAACCCUGAGGAAGUCAAAUUGAGAGAUUCUCAGAGAAACUCGCAUCAUCUUCUUAUUAAGGCAAAGGAUUAAAUAUGACUGCUGAAGUAAAGGUUGAGGAGAAACAGGUGGAGUCUGAGGUUGUUAUUGCUUCUGUGGAGGAGGAGGAGACAACUGUGAAAGCUGUUGUUGAGGAAGAGAAAGAGACUAAGGUUGAAGAAGAAGAAGAAGAUGACACCAAGCCCAAAGGUGUGGAGAAGAUCUCUUCUUUCAAGGAAGAGAGCGAUUUCUUCUCUGAUUUGAAAGAGACCGAGAAAAAGGCUCUCAGCGAUCUCAAGACAAAGCUUGAGGAAGCUAUUAUUCAAAACACUCUCUUCAAGGAGAAGAAAGAGAGCCCUGUGAAGGUGGAGAAGAAGAAGGAAGCAGAGGAGAAAAAGAAGAGUGAGGCUGUUGUUACUGAAGAAGAUGCUAAAGCUGAGACUAGUGAACCAGCAGUUGUUGCUGAGGACAGCCUCAAGGAAGAAGCCAAGACUGAUGCUGAUGUAACCCAAGUGGCCAAAGCAGAGACCAUUGAGAAGGAAAGCCCUGAAGAAGAAGUAAAGGCUGAGGCUGUUGUUGUGGACUCUAAGGAGGAAGUGAAAGCUGAGAAUGUUGUACAAGAAGAAGAGAAGAAAACUGAGGCUGUUGUUACCGAAGAAGCCAAAGCUGAGGCUGUGGAGCAGGAGGAAGAAGAGGAGACUGUUGAUAACGAUAUCGAGCUAUGGGGAGUGCCACUGCUUCCAAGCAAAGGAGCCGAAGGAACUGAUGUGAUCCUCUUGAAGUUCUUGAGAGCAAGAGACUUCAAAGUCAACGAAGCCUUUGAGAUGCUCAAGAAAACCCUCAAGUGGAGAAAGGAACACAAGAUUGAUUCAAUCCUUGGAGAAGACUUUGGGGAGGAUCUCGCCUCUGCAGCUUACAUGAACGGUCUGGACCUCGAAUCACGCCCCGUCUGUUACAACAUCUACAGCGUUUUUGGUAACGAGGAGCUUUACCAGAGGAUAUUUGGGUCAGAGCAGAGCAGGGAGAAUCUAUUGAGAUGGAGGUUUCAGCUGAUGGAGAAGGGAAUCCAGAAGCUUGAUCUGAAACCAGGAGGUGUUACUUCUCUUCUCCAGAUCCAUGAUCUCAAGAACUGUCCUGGACUGUUCAAAAAAGAGCUUUGGGUUGCAAUCAAGAACGCAAUAGUAGCUCUGCAGGACAAUUACCCGGAACUCGUCUCCAGAAACGUAUUCAUAAAUGUUCCCUUCUGGUUCUAUGCUGGCAGCACUCUCCUGUCACCAUUCUUAACUCAAAGAACCAAGAGCAAGUUUGUUGUGACUCGUCCAGCUAAUGUCACAGAGACUCUUCUCAAGUACAUUCCAGCAGAGGAGAUCCCGGUUCAGUACGGUGGUUUCAAAAGAGAUGAUGAUACCGAGUUCUCAAACGAAGCUGUUUCUGAAGUUGUCGUUAAGCCUGGAUCAUCUGAAACCAUAGAGAUCCCAGCUGCUGAGACUGAAGGGACAUUGGUGUGGGACAUUGCGGUUUUGGGAUGGGAAGUGAAUUACAAGGAAGAGUUUGUGCCAGCAAAUGAAGGGGCUUACACUAUAAUUGUCCAAAAGGGGAAGAAGAUUGGAUCAAACGAAGGACCGUUGAGGAACAGUUUCAAGAACAGUGAGUCUGGUAAGAUUCUUCUGACCGUUGACAAUGUUUCCAGCAAGAAGAAGAAGAGAGUUCUGUACAGGUACAGGAACAAGACGGAGUCCUCUUGCUGAGAUAGAGGCUUUUCAGCAGAUCAUCUAUCUAAGCAGUCUAUAAAAUAUUCUUUUGCUACAGUUAAAUGUUUGAUGUUAUUAUUAUUAUUUUUGAGUGAUACUUAGCGUGAGAAAGAGAUACUGCCAUUGUUUAAUUGAAAUUCAAUCUUUUGCUUCUUCUGUUA